AUUCUUCUGAAGAAGCUAAGCAUCGAUACAGAGCUUUAUGCCAACCCUGUCCCAGCUCAUCCUGCUCGGCGUGCUGCUGGCGCACGCACUGAUGGCCUACACCGCGGUGAAGGCGGCGGCAACCCCAUCCGAGCAGGCGACGUGGUUCUGUUCAAGCCGGCUCACGGCGACGUCCCGGUCGUCCACCGCGUCAUCGAGGUCCGCGAGCGCCAGGACGGCGGCGGCGGCGUCGACAUCCUGACGAAAGGGGACAACAAUGGCGUCGAUGAUUCUGAGUUCUUGUACCGCGGGUCGUGGCUGCACCGUCACCAUGUCAUGGCGAAGGCGGUCGGGUACUUGCCUAACGCUGGCUGGCCGAGCGUUGCCAUUGACGAGAAGCCAGUAGUUCGCAAAGUCGUCGUUGGAGUUCUGGGACUGGGAGUGCUAGUUACUGCACUUCUUUAACUGAUGCUGACGGAAGUGACCUGAUGAUUCUGCAACUCAACAAUGAUCCGGUUGUGGCCACUUGAAAUUGUAUUUAUUCUAGAAUAUAUAACGUGUGUAAAUUUCAAGCGGGGAAAAGAAAUCAUGUGCUGAUUAGGGUUUGUAGAUUGAUUGGAUGACCUUGUAAACUAUAUACUUCCUCCAUCCCAUUUUGAUUUUUCUAAAUAUAUAUAUCUUUUAGGCCAA